UAAAUAUGAAAAUUGUGUCUUUUUAGCAACAACCUUGUUAUAAUAUCCUUUGAAUAAUUUUAUACUCCUUUUCUCACUUCUUCCAGUGUUUUUUCACUAAAAAUAUCAGCAAUUGUAAGCAAUGCAAUAUGGUAAAAACCUGGUUUGAGUCUAAAUUUUUAAGGACUAAAGAGCCAUUGUCGCAACCAGUUAUCCCCGUUACUUUAGUGUUUACAUGUUUUGUUACAGUUGUGUUUGGACAUUUAUCUAGAGAACCCGGAUUGCGUUUUAUUCAAAGUAGUCCUUCAUUUAUUUCCCCAGAAGCUACAAAAAUUGAGAUUGAUUUUAAAUAUCCUGGGUUCACAGACCGUGCCAAAAUCCGUUAUUGGCAGCCCAGUGGUCUGAGUUAUUAUGUCGUAUUUAAUGGUACACAUUAUGCGUCUAGUAACAUCAUCAAUGGUAAAUUGGUUGAGCUUUGUGCACCAACAAUGAUGGCUAAAAAUCCAGCAGCAUUUUCACAUAAUAGUUGGAAAGGAUUUAUGAUUGUUCACAAAUGCGAUUCUGUUCGAUAUGGUGACCAUUGUGUUAAAUCAGCCUUUUUGAGUUUAUUUCCUUGUGAUGUUCAGACUUUUUUUGUUCCAACCAUCAGUUAUGAUCUGAAAGAUGUUGGGACACCGUUGGGUAUACACGGUUUUGGUGAUUAUACUUAUGCUUAUCUAGCGCUUACUAAUGACAGGGGUACAGUUUCAGUUACUCGAGCUUGUACGGAACACUGGUGGACGGUUCCGAGAGGGAUUAUUAUCCCAAAUUAUGGAGCCAUCCUCAAGUUGAAAGAUUGUGCAGAAACACCAACUUUACCCAUUUUUGUGAAAUUUUUCAGUGCCGCGCAAUACAUUAUAGUAGGUUAUCUUGAUGAUGGAGGCUCAAUUCACAUAUGUGUUUACAAGUUUGCCAAGAUUAAUCGCCAGCUUGACUUGAGUCGUAAAAAUUGUGAUAAGGCAUCACAGAAACCCUAUUUACGGGCCAUUUCGGCAAAAGGGCGCAAUGUUAGCAAAUGUCAACUAACAGAUAGACCUUAUUCAUGUUGGGAUUCAAAUUACUUCAACGAAAUGGUCUAUUACAAUAUAAGUAAAAAUUAUAGCGCUACAUAUAUCCGAUUUGAUGAAAUUUCGGUGACACCACAAAAUCCUAUUCAAGACACAUUUGAAUUUGAAAUAACAAGUCCGUUCAAUAAAUGGACGCUCAUAAUUGCUCAAAAAAAUAAUGUCUUUAUCAUCAAUGGACUGGAAGAUAUUGACCAAGACAUUAACCCAGUUAUUACUCGUUUCAAUGCAUCACUUGAUUAUAUUCACCCUCAGAGGAAUAUUAUUUAUCUUUACCAUCCAAACACUUUCAACGUUUUUAUUCCUCGUCCGAUUUACAGCUGCAAUAUUUUACCUCAACACCAAUGUAAACUUACUCUUGAAUGUGACCUCUGUGGAUUGGAGUGCGUCUCACAAAAGAACUUCAAAUGUCCAGUUUGGAAAAAAUUAGCUCCAAGCUCAGUGAUAAAUCCGUUGAUCUUAUCAAAUGGUGUCCUAGAGAUUAACUUCAAUCCCAAUGGAAAUGUAUUAAAUAUCAAUGUGACACUGGAAGCAACUUUCAAUAUUUUAAUCAAAAUCAACGCUAGUUAUAUCCCCACAACCGGCAGGAUCGUGUGUAAACUAAACAGAUUGAAUAAUUCAAUUGCAUUUCCUUAUUAUAAAACAAUUAACGUUUUCUUGACACUCAUUGUAUCAGAUAACACUCAACCCAGCCUCACUAGGACUGAAUAUCUUGAGCUAUCAGAUAUCGUUUACCUUGUUGAUCCUUUGUUUGGAUCAAUCUUAUCUCAAUCCAUUAUGAUAGAUCAUCCAUCAAAAAUAAGAUUUGAAUAUAAACGUAUUGCAACUAAACAUAUUGUUACAGUGAAAAUUGUUGCCAAUAAUUUAACUUUCCCAUGUUCCACACCAAACACGGAAACAUUCAUCUUCAAUUGUUUGCUUAAUUUCCCUUCUGGUAUUUAUUGGCCUGGUUAUGCAUCAAUUUACGUGGCGGGCAGUUUUUUCCAAUCAUUCCCUCUUCAAGCGAAUCCUUAUCCAAUCUUCCACAAGACUGAAUGGCAUAAUUUUCCUGGUUAUUCUGUACCAUUUCAUUUCAUUGGUCAAUAUUACAACUCUUUCCAGGAUCUAAAAGUCAAUAUAAAGCUGGCCAAUGUUACCAAGCCGAUUGAACUUAAUUGUACCGUCGUUUCGGAUUCAGACAUAUAUUGUAAAUUUGAUUCUUUUCCUGGUAAAUUACCAGCUUUUGGUAACUUCGUUUUCUACUCGCAUUCAAAUCCAUUGACAUUACCGAACCUCAGUGUAAAUCUCAACCUUCCUCCAGCAAUUACUUCUGCCGUUUACUCGGCAAAUACGGAGACUAUCAAAAUCUCAACUUCCAAUUACUUUACUGAUUACCUUUUAAAUACGAACAUUACUGCUAUCCAAUGUAAAAGUAGCUGCACUGAGUACAAGUGUGAUCAAAUUGUAUUUAACUAUAUCCUAAAUAUUUUGACCUGUAAAAUUAAAUUAGAGUAUGGUAAUAAAUCGACUGAAUGGGUAUCGUUGGUUGAAAUUGGAUCGCAUCGAUUAAAUAUUGUUUUAACUGCUCAGGAAGAAAAGAAGUCUGUCACACCUAAAAUUAUUUCUUCUUUUAAAUUUUCUAUUAUCACAUUAUUGGCAUUAAGUUUAUUGUUGAUUCUUGGACUUGGUAUUUAUUAUCUUCGUAAGGAAAUUGACAGAUUUAAAUUAGCAACAGUUUCUACUAAAUUUAGUGAUGCACAUCGAACUGGAUCAAGAAAAGUGGCAUCCAUGAGCAGAUUAGACUCAGCGACCAAGAUAUCUGAAAUAGAUAAUCCAGAAAUGCUGACAAACCAAUUCGCUUUCUUCACAAAAAGAAUGUAAAUUUAUUAUUAUGUCAAAUUUGAAUUAAACUCCUCAAUAGGUUUUCAUUCAUUUAUUUUUUGUCAUUCUUCGUGAAAAUUACUUUCUUUAUUCAAAAAGUUCAUAGCCUCAGAUCCUUAAGUUACCCGAUGGGCAGUUUGUGUCUGAACACAUUCACUUUAUUGUUGUUUGUCUUACUAGUUUGCAGGUAAGGGAGGCAUAAGAUGCGCCAUCCUGAGUUGUGGGUUCAGGUAAUUGGAGUCUUACAUUUUGAGCAGUUUUUGGGGUACACUAUUUUGACCAAAAAUCAGCGCCGUCUAUUAUAUUGCCAAUAGUAAGACGAGAGUACUUUUUGAAUUAUCCUAGCACUGUACAUGCUAGGGCUAGAGCUGUGAUACCAAUAGAUGGCUCUGAUUUUUUGGUCAAAAUAAGUGUGAAUUUACUGGAUUUUUAGUGAGGGCCAUUUUUUGGAUCAGCUUCUUUGUUCUCAUUGUUUCUUUCUGUUAGGACAACAUUCCAUAAGUUCAAAAACUUGUAAAGGGAAGCGGAAAGCGUUGAUAAUGUGGGCCAUAAUCAACGCUUUAUGCUUCCCUUUACUCAGUAUCUUCCUAAUAUUCACCUGUGUCGAGUUGGACCAAGACUUCAUCUAUUCCUUGAAAUUGCAAGAAAAAUGGAUCCCAAAUAUUUUCGUCAGCCUUUAAAUUAAAGGCUUUAUUCAUAGAUAAUUCAAUGAGUGCUGGUCCGUAGUUGAAAUUUAACGAGGGGCGUGUCAGUUGUGUGUUGAGUUUUAUUAUUUAUCGAUGAACCAUUCAAGUUGAGAUCUGGAAACCAAGGAACCAACCAAAAAAUCUGAGUCAAACAAUGAUGGCUUUCGUGAAUUUGGACACAAGUCAACUUGUUCAUCAACCUGUCCAUCAAAUGAUCCUUGAACUAGAGAUGAAUAUCGUAAUAUUGGAGAAGAUUGGUUUGAAGGACGAUUAGGUCUUGUAUGAAACUCGAGUUCCGAGGAAUUACUUCUGCCGUUUACUCAGAAAAUAGACUAUCAAAAUCUCAACUUCCAAUUACUUUACUGAUUACCUUUUAAAUACGAACAUUACUGCUAUCCAAUGUAAAAGUAACUGCACUGAAUACAAGUGUGAUCAAAUUGUAUUUAACUAUAUCCUAAAUAUUUUGACUCGUAAUAAUAAACUCAACCCAUCAAUUGAAAUCAUGA